CAUUAAUCCACAGAUCAGUCCAUAAACUGAGAGACACUUUACGGACAACUCUUUCAUACCAUUAGUCCAUCGCAUCCAACACAAGACAUCGUCACACAAUUGGAUCAAAUCAGUGAAAUGUCACCAAAACUGUUUAAAUCGUUAUCACCGGGAGAUGUGAUCACUCGAGACAUACCACACGGUGUACGCGACGUGUGGGUCGGCCUGUCAUCGCCCCUACAGUCGGCGCCGGGCUAUCAGCGCCCUAACAGUGUCCGCGACGUGUGGGUAGGCCUGUCAUCGCCCCUACAGUCGGCGCCGGGCUAUCAGCGCCCCAACAGUGUCCGCGACGUGUGGGUCGGGCUAUCAUCGCCCCUACAGUCGGCACCGGGCUAUCAACGCCCCAACAGGGUCCGC